AUGGAGUACUCCAGACUUCCCUUACUCCCCAUUCCAGCAUCAAUCCGACGCCGGCUGCUGCGGUUGUACCCGUCUCAUAGGGCUGGAUCUGAUACCGAAGAGAUAACGAGCGAGGCCCUGCGUCAUGCGCUGGCCUCAUCUUCGGAGCCAUAUCUCCCUUACGGUAGCCAGCUUUCCGGCAAUCUCGACACAGAAAUACAACGGUCCGGAACAGCAAGCGAUGACUUGGAUUCAUUAAACUCUGGGUCUGGAUCAUCUGGCUCGAACAGCCCUCAGACAGAAGAGAUGGACCCCCCCGCAAAGUACGAAACCGAGUCGGGCUUGCGGUGGAACCGUGUUGUGCCAGGAUAUGAGGCACAGCAACCAAGAGCUGAUGGCCGACUGGCUCGGUCUCUUUACAUAAAUGCAUUGAUGUAUCUGCUAGAUGCCCUCCCGGCAGAUCUGAGUGCCGAAGAGUCAACUAUGCUACAACAUCGUCUACCAGAGCCCAUGAAAGCAUCGAUAGCAACCAGCCCAUCAUCACAUCUGGCUCGAGUAGAAAGCCCCACGCAGAGCAGACAGCCAUCACCCUCCAGGUCAUAUCUACACAGACUUCUUGCAUCAACUAUUGUGCAGAUAUUUCUGCUAGUGCGAUUCAUUCUCCCUUAUUUCAAAGUAUUCCUCCGCCAGGUCUACGAGUACGAACGAUCUCAUCGCAUCACCGAGCGUAUCGUGACGACUACGCUAGAUGCCGCGGAUGGCCUUGGGAAAAGCGGCGUGAGCAUUGGCUCGGCGGUCUGCAAAUUCAAUGAAGGGCGCGUCGGGGCUGCAGUUGGGAACCUGGCAGCGUGGUGGGUUGAAGGAAUUGCUGGUGGUGUCUAUGAAGGCGUGGGCGAAGGUAUGAUUCAUUUGGGAUUGUUGAAACAAGGACUAGAACUGGAUAGAUUGGCACUUUAA